CCAUCUCUGUCUUUCACCAGCUGAUUUCCUCAUUAUAGGCCCAUAUAGGUGUCUUGCUGGCAGCUGCGCAAUUUUGUCGCAACGGAGAAUAAGGAAUUUCGUAACACAGGUUUGAACAACAAUAGGAACGGUUAGUACAAUGGAACAAUAAACAACACGCCUUGAACACGCAUCUCAUUUGGAGCAUCCUUUAUCACGAUUCACAGGUGAAAAUCCAGACUCAGCAGGAUCUACGGCCCUUGUAUCUAUCUCUACUUCCAACACUACCACCACUGGUUGGUGUUUUCAGUUCAUCAUGUUCUCCCGUAUCGCCAGGUUGCGGUACCUUGCACCCCUUCUUCUUACUUUCUCUGCCUCGACAGCUGCCAAAGAUGACUCUUUAUUCACGUCUUCCGUAACUUAUUGCUCACCGCCGGAGACUCUCCUCAUUCAGCAGUUUGACAUCGUAUACUUCGCACAGAACGAGUCCAUAUGGUUUAACAUCUCCGCAGCAAGUAUCGACCCCAACGUCAAUGUGACUGCCAAUGUAAUGCUGAACGUUUAUGGAACGCAUUACGUGAACUUCACCAUCGACUUAUGCUCAUUGUUCAAUGGUGCCCUGUGCCCGUUGCCGAUGUACAACUUUACCGGCUCCGACUCCAUUCCUUUGCCGGCUUCUCUCGGUGUUUCCGGAAAGAUCCCUAGCAUUGCUUUCCAAAUACCAGAUCUUGAAGCAUAUGCACAACUGUCCCUCACAGAAGUAAACACCGGAGUUCUUAAGGCCUGUGUUCAGGCAACCCUUUCUAACGGCUGGUCAGCACACCAAGUAGCCGUGGAAUGGGCAACUGGUGGACUCGCACUACUUGCACUUCUUUCUGCGGUUUAUUAUUCGUUUAUGCCAGACACCCUGGCACCCUUCCGUCUUUUCGAUCUUCUCUACCUAUAUCAGUGGGCAGCAUCAACAGCCCUCCUGGAUCUUAAUUAUUCCUCAGUCUACCGGGCAUUUUCAACCAACUUUGCAUGGGCGAUGGGUUUGUUCUCCGCGUCAGCGACCUCUCCUAUCCAGAUUUCCAUCAACAACAUGCGGCACCUUACCGGAGGCAACAUGGCCGAUGCCACUAGUAACUCUGCUGUCGCUCUCGUAAAUCGGAAACUUAGCCCAUACAACUCCAUGACUACGUCAACUUUUCUUGAUACUUCCUACCAGUAUGCGAUGGAGACCCUGUGGGCAUCUACCAAUAUGACAUCGGCCAAUUACGUCUCGCAUACUACCUCGGCCGCCUCUAUUCAAGAACUCUCCACCGUUGGUGAUGUACAGCUAGUGACACCGGCAUCCUCCAAUCUUCUUCAGGCUGGUGUCCCUAUCUAUGUCAACUCCGUUGGCAUCGCCACGGCCAACGCUUUCAUGACCGUCUUCUUGGUCGUCUUGAUGAUCGCCGCAAUAUUGCUUGCGGUCCUCUCUGUCGGCUAUUGCGUCCUGGCCGCAACAUCUCGAUAUGGCCGACGGCAGGAAGGGUACGUUGCUGAUUGGCGGCAUCGAUAUCCUUCAUUUGCUCGUGCCUGGCUGCUGCGCAUCGUGAGUAUGUCUCCGUUAUUUGCGCUCUAUCAGUGGACACUCAAGGAUUCAUGGCUCUCCAUCCUCCUUUCAGUAAUUCUACUUCUUGCGGUGGUUGGCUACAUCCUAUAUCCUCUCUUCCUCACAUAUCGCCUCGCCCUCCGUUCGACGCCCUAUGCGCUGUAUACGCAACCUGAUUUCGUAGCUUCUCAUGGUCCUCUCGGAUUUUAUGCAACUACUCCCUUGAUCUUGGCUAUUUUCGUCAAGGCUCUCUUUAUUGCCUUUUCUCAAGCUAACGGUUUCGUGCAAGUCGUCGCAAUCCUCGUCGUUGAAUGCAUGGUCCUUGCCUCUCUGUUUACCCUUCGACCGCACAAAACAAGAGGUGCUGAUGUCCUCGCAACCUACCUUGCUAUUACCAGAGUGGUUUGCACUGCUAUGAUGGUCACUUUCGUGGAGAGCCUAAAUUUAGGAGCAAUACCUCGCGUGGUGAUCGGCAUCGUGAUGGCUGUUAUCAUUUCUGUUGCGGUUAUCGUCAUGUUCAUCAACACGCUCGUGAAUAUGGGCAUCAUGAGGCUCAUCCCGGCAUGUUGCAGACGGCGCCGGAAUGACAUUCCCAAUGGUUCGGAUGUAGAGAAGGGCGCCGAAAUUGGUGAGAAAGACUUGCGGCCGCGAAAUCCUACGCCAGAGCGGAACAUUCCACUCGAUCCGGAUGUUAAUCAGCCAUAUCCCGACAGUCUCUCCCAGACUUUGACGGACCGUCACAGUCUCUAUUCCGAGGAAUCGGGGUCAACAACCCUAGGCUCACUGCUCCCACGGCAGUUGUCAAUUCAAGCAUCUCAACCCUCAUCCCACUCGCGGUCCAAUUCUCAAUCACAGUACUCGCCGAGUCAAUCAAAUCAUUCACCCUCCCAGUCCAAUUAUUUCUCAAACGCCUCAUCACCGCGGCAGUCCGUGCCGCCUUCGCCGCUUCACACCCAUACCCCAUCGCACAGUAGACAGCCCACUAUAGACGAACACCCUUCGUAUUCAUAGACGUUCCUUCUUUUCUUCCUCAAUCACAUUCCGCAGAGUUAAAUCACUUUCGCCGCAUUGCAUGUUCUCAUUCCUCAUAUCGUUUCACUCGCAUCCACUCACUCUCAUUCGGACAAUGAAAAUUUGGUAAUGCAUGUAGAUAUCCCGUCAUGAUCGUGACGAUGGGUCACCUUACUUAUCUUUAUUCUCUUAAUGUUGCUUUUGUGAUUGUCCUACGGACUAAAUAAUUAGUAUCCGUGGCAAACCAAGUAACAGUUGUCGUAAUGCAAAUGAGCAACAAUUUCAGGACAACUCGACAGUUGCAAGGUCUUCCGCGAGGAGUAACUGUUCGACUU